AUGGCAUCUCGCUCACCCUUAGUCCUCGAGGGAGUCAAUCUACCUGGCUUCAUCCAAUAUGUGCUUGACAAACACACGGCACCAUCAACUAUUGUGACCUGCUGCACAAAAGACGCGUUCAUGAAGGAACUGCAGACCUCUCUCGCCGACGAGUCCUCAGCCCAGGCAGACGGUAGAGAUUUUCAAGCAGCAUCACGAAAGCAACGAUGGGCAAAGCCAACGCUCCGCCUACUCGCUGCUUCUCGUACAGUACGACUUGUCUUCUGUCCCGAGCUCGCGCAUUUGCGAGCAUACCUGGCGACCUACGCCUACCGGGGACCAGAGGACAUGUCUCCGGGCAGCCAAAGAUUCGAUACCCCGUCACCUCCUCGCAUUUUGGCAGUAUUCAACCCCAUUCAGCUUCACAAACCAACGUCAGCGUAUUCGGCUCAAGGCAUCAAUCGUACUUUCGCCACGGCCGUUGACGCGGCAUACUGCACGCACAGCCAGCUCAUCUUGGCCGAGUGCCCUUUGGCUGACGACUCUUCUCAUACCGAAGGCGUCCUUCCCUGGGAAGAUAUGCCGGCAGUUGCUGAUCCCCAAAGUGAGAUGGCUCCGUGGGAUCAACCGGUGUCGAUCCUCAAUGUCACGACCAAGUCAUUCGGCGUCGGCGAGCGAGGAUGGGUCGGUCGCACGACUGCCAUUGAAACUAUCAAGGUCGUACCGCAAACGCCGAGUGGGUAUCUCAAGAACUAUGAGGCGUGA